UCUUACCACCUAGGCUGGUGACAUUACAAGGACCAAACAAGUCCAUGUGAAUGAGUUCAUAGGGGCAAGUAGUAGUAAUGUCUGGUUUGGCUUUGAAACUCUUACGUUUAUGUUUACCAGCAGCACAUCGUAUUGAUUUGUAAUGUAGGUAGUACUGAUUUGUAAAGAUCAUAGCUUGUACUAUUUAUCAAUAAUAACGUUUGCAUUGUUUGGCAAUCUGUCAGGAUUCACCCACCUAGAAUUCCAUGGUACAAAGUUUUGUGGAGUAUAUUUCUUGUUCUCAGGCAUCGUUUUCCUGACUUGGUUGGUGCUCUGGAAUAGAAUCAAAACUUUAGUGCAACACAAAAGCUAAGGAUUUGCAAGCUCCCUGAUAAUUGUUUGAUGUGUGAUAUGGUAGCAGAAACCAAUGAUCAUCUCGUUCUUCAGUUGUACCUUCUCAAAAGCAGUGUUAUCUGGUUUAUUUCCUUUGAUAAACCUGGGCAAAUGAUUGAACUGGGAUUGUGGUGAUUAGAAUUUGUAGUCUAGUAUAGUUCAUCCGAGUGGAAGAAAUGGGAUGGUUCGACUGAAAACUGCAUAUCGUAAUCCAAAUCGGUAGUCCGUAUUAUUGAUAUGAAAUGAUUGAAACACGAUUUAUUGCCAGAAGCUUCAGUUGGGAUUCGGUGAAAGCUCGUCUGUAAAUAACUCUGUAUUUCCUGCACAAGUUGAGUACUGCGGGGUGAAACCAGUACGAAAGUGAAGUGAAGAAUGAAAAAAGGGUAAGGUAUCAACGUGCAAUGAAUGUGGCGAUCAAUGAUCAUGAAACACGACCUGACAAUGGCUGAGUACAACAGUAGUAGGACAGUGGAGGAGAGCAAUAAAUGUAAAACGGAGAUUGAAGAUGCUCAUCGCUCUCUGUUCCUUAGCAAUGAUGAUAAAGAACAGAGCAGAAGAACAGUAGUGUAAGAAGUAAACAGAAGGCAAGAGAGAAGAUACAACUUUCCCAAUUCAUUCAUUCGUUCUGGAAAUCGCAACUUUUUUUUAUGUACACACACUGGACCAGACAGCACACUGCUAAUGAUGUUCAUCAGCUUUACAACUACUUUCAUUCAAUACACCCUCUGCUUCUCUUAGCUCUGCCAAUUUAGACUAAAUAAUGUGUGGUUUCGGUCAGUUCAUCAUCUCCACUGCUCAUUCAUCCGCCUGAGUUUGUGGCUUUCUCUCUCAUUACCCAAUUCCUCUGUUUUCAGGUAUGGAUAUGAGUCCUCUGUUUUUCUCCUUCAAUUAUGAAAAAUGGGUGAUCCUGGGAAUCGGCCACUCACACUCUUUUGCCCGGUACGGAUGCUAUGGGGGGAAAAGGGUUGGUGAUAAUUAAACUUUCCCCAUGAACUUCUGGUGGGGGCCUUCAAAACUGCCAUUUUUUUUCUCUCCUGUGUACUUGGCAGUUGUAUAUUACACACAGUUUCUGUUCCCAUGGAACCAUCAGGUCGAAACUUUCUCAUCCUGUUUUUUGCUUUUAGGAUCAAACUUCACCUUCCCCUGUUUUCCAACCAUAGUCUGGUUGCCUGAACCCAGAAAGGCAAGGUCUUUUUCUACCCUGUUAUAGUAAGGUGAAGUUGCAUUUCUUCUCUGUAACUGCAACUGCGUGCGUUUCUUACCCAUCCAGCUUUAAGUGUGAAAUCUCUCUCAGGCGUGGUUGUGAUCAAGUGCAGAGGGGCUUCGUGUAGAAACAAAUGGUGAGGGUUUUUGCCGCUGCAGUGGAGGAAGGCAAAGCAGGGGGAAACGGGAAACCAUCAGUUGGUCCUGUUUACCGUAAUCUGCUGUCCAAGAAUGAAUUCCCUUCUCCUGAUCCAGAUAUCUCCACUGCUUGGGAUCUUUUCAGUGUAUCAGUCAAGAAAUACCCUGACAGUAAAAUGCUAGGAUGGCGAGAAUUCGUUAAUGGGAAGUAUGGGGGUUAUCAAUGGAAGACUUACAAGCAAGCGAAUGAGGAAGUUCUGCGAAUUGGUUCUGCAUUGAGAGCCUCUGGGGCUGAACCGGGCUGCCGGGUUGGUGUUUAUGGCGCGAACUGCCCCGAAUGGACUGUCGCAAUGGAGGCUUGUGCUGCCCACAGUUUGGUCUGUGUACCUCUCUAUGAUACUCUUGGUCCAAAUGCUGUCAACUUUAUAAUAGAUCAUGCAGAAGUGGAUUUCGUUUUCGUGCAAGACAAGAAAGUGAAAGAACUACUGAACCCUAGUUGCAAUGCUGCUGGACGACUUAAAGCUGUCGUUUGCUUCACUUCCCUGACAAAUGAGCACAAGGAGAAAGCAGCUGAACUCGGGACGAUACCCUAUUCCUGGCAGGAGUUUCUAGUGAUGGGUAAGGAGAAUCCAACGGAGAUAGUGCCACCACAGCCGUUCAACAUUUGUACGAUUAUGUACACGAGUGGUACGAGUGGAGAUCCGAAAGGUGUUGUGCUUACACAUGAAACGGUUGCAAACUUUGUAAGGGGUAUGGACUUGUUCAUGGAACAGUUUGAAGACAAGAUGACAGUUGAUGAUGUGUACUUAUCGUUCCUACCGCUUGCACAUAUCCUAGACCGAAUGAUCGAAGAGUACUUCUUCAGCAAAGGCGCUUCGGUUGGUUACUACCAUGGGGAUUUAAACGCGUUGAGGGAUGAUUUGAUGGAACUGAAGCCGACAUUUUUAGCUGGCGUGCCUAGAGUCUUUGAGAAGAUACAUGAAGGUAUAGUGAAAGCAUUAGACGAACUUAAUCCAAUCCGAAGGAGGGUUUUCGAUUUUCUCUACCGAUACAAGCUAGCCUGGAUGAAUAUGGGUUACAAGCAAAAGUACUCCUCGCCAUUGGCUGAUCUAUUAGCCUUCAGAAAGGUGAAGGCGAAACUAGGAGGCAGACUUCGUCUAAUCGUAUCAGGAGGAGCUCCCUUGAGCUCUGAAGUAGAAGAAUUCUUGCGGGUUACUUGCUGCGCUUUUGUAGUCCAAGGCUAUGGAUUGACUGAAACUUGUGGGCCAGCAACCCUAGGCUUCCCGGACGAGAUGUGCAUGAUGGGAGCAGUGGGAGCUCCGGCAGUGUACAACGAGAUACGACUCGAGGAAGUGCCCGACAUGGGGUACAACCCACUUGGGGAACCACCUUGUGGUGAGAUCUGUGUGAAAGGGAAGACAAUGUUUGCUGGUUACUACAAGAACCCUCAACUCACUACUGAAUCCAUUCAGGAUGGAUGGUUCCACACAGGGGACAUUGGGCAAAUAUUGCCAAAUGGGGUGAUCAAAGUGAUUGACAGGAAGAAGAACCUGAUUAAGCUGUCACAAGGAGAGUACAUUGCUCUAGAGCAUUUGGAGAAUGUGUUUGGGAUCACUCCCAUCGUCGACGAUAUAUGGGUGUAUGGAGACAGCUUUAAACCAAUGCUGGUUGCAGUUGUGGUGCUGCAUGAAGAGAAUGCUAUGAAAUGGGCUAAUGCAAGUGGCUACAAGGAUUCAUUCCAUGAGAUCUGUUGCCUUGAACAGCUAAGGCAACAUGUUUUGUUGGAGCUCAAGUCAACUGGUGAGAGGAAUAAGCUGAGGGGGUUUGAAUACAUAAAGGGGGUGAUAUUGGAAGCUAAGCCAUUUGACAUUGAGAAAGACCUGGUCACUGCCACUCUCAAGAAGAAAAGAAACAAGCUGCUCAAGUAUUACCAGGCUGAAAUCGAUGGACUUUACCAGAAAUUGGGAGCACAGCGUGGGCGUUGAACAGAGGGAUUGCGGAUGCAAUAGUUGUGUUUCUUGAUUUGCACGGUGACUGAACUUAACCAAGUUUGUGAAACAAUAAAGCAAAUGCAGCUUGCCAUAUGAGAAGUCCUGCCUUGACAUUGGUCUUCGUCUAGUGAGCAAGGGUUUGUUGAUGCAACCUCUAGUAAGUAAGGUGAACAAAAAGACCCGCAGAUCGAUCCACCCUUUCAGCCUUAUUAAACCCAUUUUUAUUUUUGUCGUUAAUUUUAGAAGAAAUAGCAUAUUAUUGAUGUGUUCGUUUGUAUGACCUUUUUAACUUAUGUUUGCAAACAUUUGUGGAAAAAAAAACUGGACAUAUGUUAAAAGCAAAUUGCAUUUCUUUAAAAUUCCAAAUAAUAUCCAUGCAGUUAGAUAAUUUUCAUCUCGAUUUAGUUGAGUUUUUGUUUAAAAGUAUCAUCAUAAUCUUACAAAUCCAUAAGGUUCUGGUGGGUUUAGAUUUAGUAUUUUCAAAAUCGUAAUGUAAUUAGUGAUAUUAUAAACAAACCGUAAAAUUCCUUUCUAUUUUUUAUUUGAGUUUAGUAUUUUCAAAACCGUAUCACCUAAUCCAUACACAUGGGUGGAUCCAAGUGGGUGAAAGGGUUGUCAAUUGACAAACCUUGGAUCCAAUUUGGGAAACCAAAAUCACUGUAAAAUUUUGUUUUAGUGAUUAUAGUAUUCAAAUGUAAGAUUAUUUGACAACCCUUAAUGAUUUUGAUCUAUAAUUGAAUACCCUUGAUUACAUUUCUGGGUCCGCCACUAUCUAUACACCUAGGGGUGUACAUGGGUCGGUUGGUUCAGGUUUAAGUAUUUUAAUCACCCAACCCAUGCACUACGGUUUGAGAAUUAUCAAACCCAAACCCACCCAAAAAAAUGUAAAUCCUACAGUUUGUUUCUAAUUGGGUUGGGUCGGGUUGACAAUAUUUUUAAGUAAAAACCCACCCCAACAUAAAAUAUAAAAUUAUUAUACACCAUAAAAAUAUUUUAUAACUAAUUAAAAUUUCAAACAAAUAAACCGAGGUGAAAGGUAUCAAAAUUCACAAAUGUUGUUUGAGUUUUAAUAAAAUGUGAUUUACUUC